GCAACCAGUAGCGCGAUGGUUGUGUUGGUGCGUCCCCUCCUCCCCUCGCCGCUCCUCGCUAGUCCCUCCCUCUCCUGAGCUCUGCCGCCUGCUGACCCCCAGCCGCCGCUCUUGCCUGUGCGAUGUGCACAAGGUCUCGGUAGAGGUGGUGUAUCAGCUCUCGCGCGCGCGAUCCGGGUGAGUCUGUACAAGCGUCAGAGGGAGGAAGGAGAUGAAGAGCGAGGGCUAGCUUCUCUUGGUCGCAGGAGAGAUGAAGCUCUCUGUCAUCUUGCUGCAUGCCGUGAUCGGCUCGCUUCUUCCGUUGCAUGCGUCCUCGCAGUGUGAGCGGCUGCUGGAGCAAGGCUUCGGCGGGGGAAGCUUCAUCCAUGGGAGCAUAUCAUGGCGGCGGGUGUCGAUGAACACGGUGGAGUUUGAGGUGAUAAGCACGUGGCGGCGGAAGUUCGCGUGGCCUUGCAACCAGCAAGGCUUCAGCGGGAGGGACGGUUGGCCAGCGCCAGGGGACCGAGUGCUGACAGCAGGGCUGGGGUACAAGGAGGAUCAGAGUCAAGGGGAGACGGUGGGGAUCAGCUUCGAGACAGGAGACGGGGCGAGGUAUCCUUUCUGGAUGAGGGUGGACUCAAUCUCAGUAGAGGAAGACUGGAUGAUGGGCACGUUUCGAAUGAAUCAUACCUACCAAAGGGGCUAUGAAUCAUUCCAUGGACAGCGAGGCUGGCAGGGUGCUGCCGGUACAACUACUCCGGAAGCUUCGCGAUAGAGUCGCAGGUCGACCUCUCCAGCUUCAACGCCUCGUUUCGGAUCGUGACCAUGCCCGUCGUGUUUGCUCCGGUCGAGGCGAGCACGCGAGCGUCUACGAUAUGCUUCAUACCUCGGUCGGGGAUGGUGUCGAGGAGCGGGGGGACCGUGGGCUAUCCGCUGGACGACUACGUGUAUCAGAACGCGUCCUGGUCGCUGGUGGGAUCGUACGCAGGUCAGGUCGGCUUGCUGUACAACAGGUCGGCGAUGGGGGAGUACUGCGUGGGACUGGAGGUGCAGCCAGGUACCGGGAUGGCAGUGACGGUGAUGCUGAGCGUGGGGAACCUCAACUCGACAUGCGAGCUUCAGGUCAGGGCGGCGAGCGCGAGCAGCCGCUUGCCGUCCAACACGACGCUGAGGUGUUGGAGCGAGGAGUGCGCGUCGCACAUGGAGGUGUUUUUCGGGUACGACUUUCCCCGGCUGUACCCCGGGGAGAUCGCGAGGGCGAUGGCGGACAUGUAUGCAGAGAACAAGGACGGGAGGCCUCUGGAGGUGCGGUACAGGUUUGCCAGCAAGGAGCUGGCGAGCGCGGUGGUGUCGUCGGACAGCAGGGCGGUAGAGAGCUUUUACAGCUGGAACCUGUCAGAGGCUGGGCUGCACUCGAGCUUCACGCUGAACCACUUCAGCACGCCUGAGGACACGUACGUGACGGACAUACACGUGCUCUACUCGCAAGCAGUCGACCAGGCCCAGCUGCCUCUGUACGGCAGCUUGUCGUCUGCAUCACCGACGCCGGGAGAGUACACUGUGAACGUGACGUCGGUGUUCACGACGUUCCCGGCGAACGUGCUGGUGCUCUCACCCGACCCGAGCAGUCAGAGCUCUCAUGGCUGGUCCUUCAUGUACUCCAAGACGCUACUCCGCCUGACCAAGCUGAGCAUGUCGACGGACGCGUACGAGCUGCGAGCUAUCACAGACAUACGACUGGUGAACAGCAGCAAGGAGGCAGAGCCUUUGCUGCGAGAGGGCUACGUGAUGCUGGGGGAGAACCUGCUGGGGCCGGGGUCAGUCGGAGAGAUCUACUUGCUGUACAAGCGGGGCACGGACCCGCCAAUCAUCAAUGUCUCGAUCAGCAACAUCAGCGGAUACAGCGCG